AUGAGCGACCAACAAGCAAAUAAAGAAAUUCUUCCACCACCAGGAAGCACAGUUUGGUGCCAAACGCAGACCGAAGUAGUUCAACUAAAAUUCGAGUGGACCUUUCAACAGUUUGCAUUUCUAAAAUCUUUUGAAAACUGGGGAGAUUACUAUUCAGCUGAAUUUUUUCACGAAAAAACCCCGGAAUCAAAAUGGACUCUGCACUUGAUUGAUCAGGGUUCCAAUUUGAAGGUCAACCUGGAAAGGCCUUAUCCGAAUCACCAAUUGGAUGGUUCCGUCCGAGUGACGAUUGCGAUGUCGAAUAAAAAGCGCGAAAAGAUUUUACCGCAAAAACACAGUUUACCUCGAUAUACUCAAUUGCCUUUUUGUGUUUAUCAGAUCGAGAAAAAAGUAUUGGUGGAAUCCGAGUGCUUUGUCAAUGGGAAACUCACUAUCGACUGUGAGAUCGAAAGUUUCAUACCCAAGAGACCGGUCAUUCUAUCAGGCAAGCCGUCUACAGUGGCAGAUUUCCAUGAGAAACGAUUCAACAAUACCGAUGAACUCAUUGCUCAACUGGAAGGACUCUAUGAAACUAUGAAGUUUUCCGACAUCACCAUUAACGUCCACGGACAAAUUUUGCAUCAAUUUAAAGCUCACAAGAAUAUUUUGGCCGCAAGAAGUCCAUUUUUUGCCGCGAUGUUUGAGCACCCGACAAAAGAAAAUUUAACGAACCAAAUCGAUGUUGAAGACGUCGAGCCGGACGUGUUUAAUGAAAUCCUCCGCUUCAUCUACACCGGGAAAGUGUCGGAGUCAAAGAUGGAGAAGAUGUGCGUCGGAAUUCUUGCGGUUGCGGAUAAAUAUCUGUUGGAACAGUUAAAAUCGGAAUGUGAGACUCAAUUAAUUCAUCGAAUGUCGGCAGAAAAUUGUCUGGAAUUACUUUUGAACACUCAUGAACACCAUCCGGCGUUUUAUUUGAGGAAGUACGCGGUCGAAUUCUUCCGCAAUUUCUCAGGCGAAGUGAUGGCGACGGACGAAUGGGAAAAGGCCGAACUAGGUCAUCCGGAGCUGUGUCUCACUAUCCUGAAGGAACUUGUCAAAUCUCUUGUUAAAAUAAAUUUUGAAUGUUGA